CACCCGUGUUUCUCUGUUGUACCAUCAAGUCAUUUUUCUACAUCUUCUCAGUGAAAAAAGUGAAAUAGAACACGUUGCGACCACUUGAACCCCAAUAUUUAUUAGAGUUACCCCCACGGAUAUUUCCGAUCCAAGUAGCUAUCCAUCGAUGGAAGUAGAGGAGUUUUGUGUGUCGUUCCGGGCGGAGCGCGGGUACAAGUUUGCGCACACCUCCGCGACGGGCGCGGAUGAAAUUCGGGCCUUGCGGGUGGUCGAAGCGCUGAGCUCAGGCAGUGCCGAGUCCGGAGAGGACCAACUCCGCUACCAUGACUUGUUCUCGACCUUGCUGGGCGCUCUGCGCGGGCAGUCACCGGCCGAGAAGGAGCAUGAAGUUCUUGCAGGUCGAGGAAUUAUGCCGCUCCAAGUGCCGUCGAAUUCUUCAAACGGGAUCAUGCAAGAUGGUCAACCAUCAACCGUAGCAGGGGGGGCGGGACCUACUGUAGUAAUGCAGGGACCUUCACACUCGCAGUCCGGGAGUCCAGGCGACAUGAUGCUGAGUCCCGGACAAGAGCAGCGGGAGGUACUAUCGAGUGCAGCGGGCUCGCCGGAUCAGCCCCUGCAGCGAACGCCGGACCAGCAUCGGCUGCAUCCGGAUGGUCAUAAUUUCGCCGGCUCUCCGCAGCCCAGCGCCAGUUUGUCCGCUACAAACGGCCCGCAGCAGCAACAGUCCUCUAGCGCGCACUCCCCGGACCAGCUGAAUCAUGCGCUAGUUCUGGCCGAGGAUCAGCCGUUUGCCUUGCAACAAGGAUCUGGUCAUCUGCCUUUCGUGCAAUUGGCCGGCCGCCGUCCACGGGUGAUCGCGCCGAGGUGUGGCGACUUUAUCUCUAGUAAUAGACAAGUGAAGAUGAACACAGCUGCAAAUAACGGCCUGGCCGUCGACGUGCUGGGAGGGGUGCCAAGUUCCGUCGCAAACGCGAGCAAGUUCUCCAACAACUCCAACGCGCCGAACAAGGCGUUUCUGAGUUUCCUCGACGGGCCGCGGAUCCACAUCAUCCGCAAGAACAAGCCGGUCACGUUAUCCUGAGUAAAAACGUACCCACACCAGAAUUGUAAUGCAGAUUUGCAAAGACAGGAAGACUUGUAACGCGCAUCCCCAUGAGAGCCAUUUCCAAUCGUGUUUUGGAAUUUGUGAUGCUGUGAGCAGGAUGAGCAGAUGAGUCUGUGAUGCGGCUGCACUUGCUAACCUGCACUACAGUGCAAAGCGCAACUUGUCAUGCGUGACUCACAAAGCUCCUAGGGUUGUGCUGCAGAAUCCCCAUCCUGACUCGACGUGCUGGGAGGGGUGCCAUUGCGCCAUUUUUCCAGUAGCAUGCCGCUCAAGUGCCAACAGGGCGAGAGCCCUGCAAGACCGGGCUGCGAAUGUAAGAAAUCGGGAAAAAAAUGCCGUAUACCUGCGCAAUUCCUUAUAUGUGAAUAACAAGGUGGGCGGGCGGGGUUCUUCACAUUUUUGGAAACGCCCACCGCCCCGACACAAACAGUAUUCUUGGAAGCGGAGGGGGGGCGCGGGACCCCCAUCAAGUCGCCGCGGCGCGAAGCCGCAAAUCCUUGGGCCACGUCUACCACCAGAAGUAUUCCGCCCGGGGGCCGCUCCAUGAGUCCAUGAGUCCAAAAAAAAAAUGGGGGCCGGGCAAAAAAAAAAAAAAAUCCCCAUCCUGACUCUGGUGUGGGUACGUUUUUACUCAGGAUACACGUACUUGCUCGACAUCCAGGAUUUUUCCUGCGCGGAUUGGCAACCCAACUGCCGAACAGGGACGCUGGCACUCAGCGCCGGCUCGCACGUGUUCCUCUUUCGGUUGAACCUCUUUCACGACAGUCUCGAGCAAAUUGCGCAGUUUCGGCUGCCCAGCAACCGGCGGGUGCUGGACUUGAAGUGGUCGCCGGACGGGAGGAGACUGCUGGCCGUGGACUUCUUCGGCCACUACCAUGUCUGGGAGCACGCAUCGCGGUUGCAACGACCCAUCACGCUGAAACCGCCACUGAAGGGCGUGCUGGCGGGACCUAUAUCCUGGUUGAGCAGCAAAUUUUCGAAGAAAAAUAAAAAAGGUGCAACAUCAUCUUCUGCAAAGAAGAACGACAGCGACAAUAAUGCAGCGGCGGAGAGAAAUAAAAACUCUUCGGCCACUACUGGCGCUCCAGUAUCGCAAAUACUGUGGAACCCGGAAGGCAACAUGUUCUGCGGGUUCUCGGACAGUGGGCACCUGGAAAUUUGGGACGCGGUCAGGUACGAGCGCGUGUUCGAAAUGAGCGACUUGGAUUUGAAGCCGCGGAUCGCCGGAAACGUGCCCCAGCGAGGCAGCUUCGUGUUCGGGUUAGAAGGCGAAGAAGGCGGGAACAUGUAUGAGGUAAGAAACAGAGGCAGCACUUAUGUCUCAAUAUGCUUUUUUUCUUCGUCAAUGAAUCAGCAUGUGUGAUUUAGUUCACAUUUAUCGUGACACCCAAACAAUCAACCAAACCCAUCACCAGGUUCCGUGGCGACUCCGUGACAUGCGGGAGAUUUUGGAGGUUCAUCUAGGCUUCUCCCUUGAAAACGAACGUUUGAUGGACGUGGUCAUAGACGCGACGACGCACAGCCGCCUCGGUCUCGUCCUCGACAAAGGUGUCGCUGUCUGCGACCUCUGGACCUGCGCUAGAGAGGACCCAAUGCGGGAUCUGAAGCCGCUGGUAUGUACUUUAGUUGCCUUUUAAAUGAUAGAAGACCACUUUUCGGAUGAUAUGCUGAAAGCAGCUUCACUUUUGAAAAAAGGAGAGAUAGAUGAAUGAUCACGCACGCAAAUGUCCACCUCUACACUGAAAAACGAACCAAACCAGGCAUCCUGGCCAAGCAGAUACGGCGAGACAGACCGAUCGGGGAAUUUGCUUCUUCGCGACACCAAAACCUACACAGCGGACAAUUUCCGUCCGCUGACGAUGAACUUCUGCAUGCACUCGAAGGACAGCGCCCUGGCGUCCGUUCUCUGGGAGAACGGAACUUUGGACACGUACGCCGUUUCUUGAAACAGCCACGCAAGGUGGACUACAUAAACAAAAACAAACGCAUACAGACAUUUUUUUCACCUCACUUUUUUCUGCGCGACAUAAGUAAGAUUUCAAAAACAACGAAGCAAAAAAUGCAUAGGAAGAGCAACAC